CUGACAGAGGUGCAGCGGUUGCCUUGGUAACCAGGAACGAAAUUAUGUGUAAACGAGAAUAGCCAUAGUUUUGCCGUCGUCACAGUCCUCGUAGACAGAGAAGGCUUGAGCCAUGGACAACUGUGAUUUGGAGAAGCUCACUAUCUCUGCUGGGAAGCUCCAGCCAGCCUUCUCACCGCAGGUUACAGACUACAAAGUGACGGUGGAGAGCAGUGUCGACAAAGUGACUCUGGGCCUGAGCACCAGUGAUAGUGCAGCAUCAUACAGCAUUCUGACUGGCGAUCGUUCCAGCACUGUUACGCUGAAGGAGGGGAUAAACCGAGUGGAAAUUGAAGUGGUUGCUGAAGAUGGGACAGUGAAGAAAUACAGCGUGGACGUCACCAAGCUGUCAGCAAAGGUUGCAGAGCUCAAACAUCUGUCCCUUAAAGGGGAUAUUCCACUUGCUGCCAAAGUCCAUGAUUACAGCAGUUUCGUCCCAUUUCACUGUAAUUUAGUGACAGUUAAAACCAAGGUUCCGGACAGCCUCAUUAAAGUUACAAUAAAUGGUAGCGACUCUCAAGCUGUCUCACUACAUUUUGGAGACACCUUGGUGGAGCUCUCUGUCCGCUCAGCAGAUGGCAGUGUUACGCAGGUACAAAAGUGUUUUUGUAGAUCGUCCAAUAUCUCAUGUGCAACUGCAAUACUGGUUUCAGUGUAUAUUUAUUUUCAAAUUGCUACCAUUUACCUUAUGAACCCCUAAAUCAUAUUCCAAAAAAAAAAAAA